AUGUCUCGUGCAUCGCACUCGCUGACAAUCACCACCCCCAUCCCGCCGACUCUCCCACCGGCCAGGGUCAUCUCCGCUCUACACAACCAUACCGCCAUCCUCUCCCUCCAAGCGCUGACAACAGACUACAAAGACAUCCCCCUCUCCCAACUGGCAGCGGCAGAGAUAACCCAAGCAGACGCGUACUUCCAGCCAGUCUACAGCAUCGACCCCACCACUUCUUCAAACAACCUAAAACAAUACCUCGCCACAGAAGCAAUCCCCAUCAUCCCCGGCGCAGGAGACUGGGCCAAGAUAUCCCUCAGCUUCCUUGUCUGGUUCCAGGAUACGCAGUCUGGAGUGCGGACGCGCGCAGAUGCUCCGGCCGGCGUUGUGGUUAGGGCGGAGUAUACCGUGCAGACCCGUCAGAGUCAGGACCAGGACCUGGGAGUUGGACUAGGAUCGUCGGGUGCUUCUUCUAAUAACAACGCUAAUAAUAACGACAGUGAGACUACGGGGGAUCACUAUGCUAAUGCGUCGUCGGAUUCUUCCGAGUGGGUGCUGGUGGAGAAUGUCUCGGUUGAAUGUAACUGGUUCCUGAUGCCAUUUGUGAAGAGGCAGAUGGAAAGGGCGCAUCGGGAUAUUUGUCGGAGGGUUAUUGAGACGUUGCAUUGA